UCUCAGUGAAGAGGUGAUCGGGUUUGGGGUUGGAAUAAUCAAUACGGUUCAGUGGAAGUCGAACUCAAAAGUGUAGCACAUACUUUUAGUUUGGGGGACCGUGCACGCUCGGAUCGGAUCGGACCAGAGACGAUGGAUCCGCUGUUGUAUUUAGCCGGCGUGGUCGUCAUGUUCCUGCUGUGGGUCAAAGUCAAAGGUCUAGAUUACGUGAUCGUUCACCAGAGAUGGAUAUUUGUGUGCCUGUUCCUGCUGCCUCUCUCCGUCAUAUUUGAUGUGUAUUAUUAUGUGCGCGCGUGGCUCAUUUUUAAGAUGUGCUCAGCGCCAAAACUGCACGACCAGCGCGUGCGAGACAUCCAGCGACAGGUGCGUGAGUGGAGGAAGGAGGGCAGUAAGACCUACAUGUGUACGGGUCGACCCGGCUGGCUCACUGUAUCUCUCAGAGUGGGGAAAUACAAGAAAACCCACAAGAACAUCAUGAUCAAUAUGAUGGACAUUCUGGAGGUGGACACGAAGAGGCAGGUGGUCAGAGUUGAGCCGCUGGCCAACAUGGGUCAGGUGACCGCUCUCCUCAACUCUACUGGCUGGACACUGCCAGUGCUGCCCGAGCUGGACGACCUCACUGUGGGUGGUUUGGUGAUGGGUACAGGCAUCGAGUCUUCCUCUCAUAUUUACGGGCUGUUUCAGCACAUCUGUGUCGCAUAUGAGCUGGUUCUAGCUGAUGGAAGCUUAGUACGCUGCACUGAGGAGGAGAACUCAGACCUCUUUCACGCCGUCCCAUGGUCCUGUGGAACUCUGGGCUUCCUGGUUGCAGCUGAGAUUAAAAUAGUCCCCACUAAGUCUUGGGUGAAGCUGCACUAUGAGCCGGUCAGAGGACUGGAGAACAUCUGUAAACGCUUCACUGAAGCAUCAGAGAACAAGCAGAACACAUUUGUCGAAGGCAUCCAGUACAGUCUGGACACCGCUGUCAUCAUGACGGGAACCAUGACCGACCACGCUGAGCCUGAUAAGAUUAAUAGAAUCGGCCUGCACUUUCAACCCUGGUUCUUUAAACACGUGGAGGGAUACCUGAAAGGCGACCAGAGUGGAGUUGAAUACAUCCCUCUGAGACAGUACUAUCAUAGACACACACGCAGCAUCUUCUGGGAGCUUCAGGAUAUUAUUCCCUUCGGCAACAACCCGGUGUUUCGCUGGCUUUUUGGAUGGAUGGUUCCUCCUAAGAUCUCACUGCUGAAGCUCACCCAGGGAGAGACCAUCAGGCGGCUUUAUGAACAGCACCACGUGGUCCAGGACAUGCUGGUACCCAUGAAGCAUCUGCAGGCUGCCAUCACGCGCUUCCACCAGGACAUUGAUGUUUAUCCUCUGUGGCUGUGUCCAUUCCUGUUGCCACCAGGCAGAGGGAUGGUCCACCCCAAAGGUCAAGAGGAGGAGUUGUACGUGGAUAUAGGGGCAUACGGAGAGCCCAAAGUCAAACAUUUCGAAGCUAAAGCAUCAACGCGUCAGCUGGAGAAGUUUGUCAGAGACGUGCAUGGGUUCCAGAUGCUGUAUGCAGAUGUGUACAUGGACCGAGAGGAGUUUUGGGAGAUGUUUGAUGGACAGCUGUAUCACAGACUGAGAGAGGAACUAGGCUGUAAGGAGGCCUUCCCGGAGGUUUACGACAAAAUUUGUAAAUCUGCCCGACACUGACCCCCCCCCCCAAUCACUGGUACCUGACCUCUGCCCUGUGACACAGAUACAUGGGGGCAUCCGUCUGUUUGGGGAUAGAAAGCUAGAAGAAGGAAGGAAGCUAGAAACUGAUUGACACAGACUGUGCCAGACUGUGUCUUAAGAGGCCCGUCUAUCAACGUGAAGCAGGAGCACAACUAUUGUAAUUAUUUUAAGUGAUAACUCAUGAAUAUGUUCUCGUUUCCCUCUUUCUCUACACACUUAGGUUAUUCAUGUUCUCAUUUCAUGUAGUGCUUGACUCCAAACCCAUACGGUAACCUGUUGAGAGCAAACAGUACCAAUAUUUUUUUGUUCACAUUUUAGACGUGUAUCAUAGGAAACGUUUCCCUGUUUAACAACCUUAUCUGGGUUUAUCACAGACUUUUUGCCUUUUUUUCUGUAUACGUUUCAACCUGUCAGCCUUACCUACAGUUUCCACAGUGCCAUACACUUUGAAAACUUGGCUUCAUAAUAAGUGUCAUACACGUAUUUUAAAACAUAUACUUUUGUGAUAAAUCUAUGACAUUUAAAGUAAACAAAAAAGGUAUAUUGUAACUUAUAAGCUACUAUUUUGAUAUCAAAAUCAGAUCACAUCACCAGGACUGUGUAAGGGUUGAGUGAAUAAAUUAAAAACUAUUUUUCUUGAAUAAAUAUCAUUGUCAU